AAUAGUUUUGACGCAAAUAAAAGAGGAGAAACAUUGAUCUAAUUCGGAAUAUAGUUUAAUUUAAUGUGUUAUGACACCGUAAUACUAGUUGCCACUGACUUAAAAAACGCAUCCCAAGAUUCCACCCGAAAAGAUGUCGUCCAAAAAGGUGGUGGAGUUGUUUUACGACGUGGUUUCUCCAUACUCCUGGCUUGCGUUUGAGGUCAUGUGUCGCUACAGAACCGUGUGGAACAUUGACCUCAAACUACGACCUGCAUUCCUUGGCGGGAUCAUGCACGGUGCCGGCAACAAACCUCCUGGUCUGGUUCCCAACAAAUUUGCAUAUAUGAACGAGGAUCUGAAACGACUGGCGAAGUAUUUUAAUGUCCCUGUGCAGGCCCCUGCAGACCCCUUUGAAGCCAUGUUCGAUAAAGGUUCCUUGACUGCAAUGCGCUUUGUGCAAGCAGUGCAGGAAAAAGAAACUGGUGGAGACCAACAGGUCGAGAAGGUGUCAAGAGAGCUUUGGAAAAGAAUCUGGAGUGAAGAUAAAGACAUCACUCAGCCUGAAUCGCUGGCUGAGGCGGCACAGAAAGCCGGAUUGAGCAGCAGCCAUAUUGAGGAGUUGCUGAAGCUGUGCACCACCAAGGAAAUCAAAGACAAGCUGAAGAGCAGCACGGAGGCUGCAAUGGAUUAUAGGGCGUUUGGCUUCCCCAUGGUGGUGUGUCACAUCAACGGGAAAGCAGAGAUGUUUUUCGGAUCAGACAGAUUUGAGCUCAUGGCCCACUGCCUUGGUGAGAAAUGGCUUGGACCUCAGCCUUCUCGCCCUGAAAUGUCAUCUGCCAAACUGUGAGCUGAAAAAGCUGCCUUUUAAACACUAAUGUGUUUGUGAUUCAAUCAUAUAUUCAUUUACUUUGCUUAUUCAGUCAUAAUGACCAAUAACAAAUAACCACUGUUAUCCAAAUAAUACGCACAUUGCUGUUGAAUAAACGACUCUCGA